UGCAACUCCGCCAUUGCUCGAAUGAAGCGCCAUGGAUGGCUCAUAAACACGAGACUCUGUCGUCACAUUCCCUUUGUUCGAGACUUCUUAAGUUCAGUUCUGGCCCUUCACUUUCUUACCUUCUCUCUGUCAAAAUUCCAUUUUCCAUAGGUAGCAUGAAGACAGUAAUACCACUUCUUACCGCGUCCACAUUCACCUGUCUGGCCAGUGCGUCUGCCAGCAUAGGAAGGCCAGAGAUUAGUGCGCUCGAGAAACGUGCAACUCCUCAAGCUCCCAAUGGCUACGCGCCAGCUCCCGUCGACUGCCCUUCAAUACGGCCCAGCAUUCGAUCAGCCGCCGAACUUUCGCCCAACGAGCAGGAAUGGUUACAGAGGAGGAGAGCGAAUACCAUCGAGCCCAUGCGCGACCUGCUGGGGCGCUUGAACAUAACAGGCUUCAAUGCGCAGCAAUUUAUCGACAACAAUCGCAAUAAUGCCUCCGCGCUACCAAACAUCGCCAUUGCUUUCUCGGGAGGAGGCUAUAGGGCCAUGACGAACGGAGCUGGUGCUCUCGCUGCUUUCGAUAGCCGAACAUCCAAUUCGACGAGUGCCGGGCAGAUUGGCGGAUUGCUGCAGGCGGCAACUUACGUUGCCGGCUUGUCCGGCGGCGGCUGGCUCGUCGGAAGUAUAUACUCUAACAAUUUCACAUCAGUGCAGAACAUCCUUAACGAGGGCGAAAACGCCGUGGUCUGGCAGCUCGGAAACACCAUCCUCGAAGGCCCCCAGCAGAGCCGUGUGCGGAUACGCAAUACAGUCGAUUACUGGACAAACCUCUAUGACACUGUCACAGCUAAGAGUGAUGCUGGUUUCGAAACCUCCCUGACAGACUACUGGGGCCGGGCUCUGUCGUUCCAGCUUGUGAACGCUACGAACGGGGGACCAGCAUACACAUUUUCGUCCAUCCAGGAUGACGAGGAUUUCAAGAACGCAAAUGCUCCGAUGCCUAUUCUUGUCGCGGACGAACGUGCACCUGGAGAAGUGAUCAUCUCUCUGAAUAGCACCGAUUUCGAGUUCAACCCCUGGGAAAUGGGCUCAUUCGAUCCUACGCUCUUCGGCUUCGCCCCGCUGCGUUAUAUUGGGUCAAACUUCACCGCUGGCCGACUUCCUGAUAAUGAGCGCUGCGUGCGAGGCAUGGACAACGCAGGCUUCGUGAUGGGCACCAGUUCUUCUCUGUUCAAUCAGUUUAUCCUUAAUGUGGACUCGGUGAAUGUCUCCCAGUUGAUCAAGAACGCAGUAACGGGGCUCUUGGAGGGGAUAGGAGAGGCGAACAACGACAUUGCUGACUAUACGCCUAAUCCGUUCUACCACUACAACAAUGGUACCAACCCCAGCGCGCCGUCGAAGCGGCUUACGCUCGUGGACGGAGGAUCAGAUCUACAGAAUAUCCCCCUCAAUCCUCUUAUCCAGCCUAUCCGCAAGGUCGACGUCAUAUUUGCGAUCGAUUCCUCUGCCGAUACUCUUCCACCUCGUACAGGUGCACAGAAUUGGCCGAAUGGUACCUCUCUGGUGGCCACUUACCAACGUUCAACCAUGAACAGUACCAUGCAGAACGGAACUGCUUUCCCAGCCAUCCCAGAUACGAACACAUUCGUCAAUUUGGGACUCAACAAUCGUCCUACCUUCUUCGGAUGUUCUGCGCAAAACCUAAGUGGCCCGGCUCCUCUCAUCGUCUAUCUGCCAAACGCACCUUAUACGUAUAAUUCCAAUACCUCCACGUUCCAGAUGCAGUAUAACAACACUGAACGCAACGCUAUGAUCUUGAACGGAUAUAAUGCAGCCACGCAGGGAAACAGCUCACUCGAUGCCAAUUGGCCGCAAUGCGUAGGCUGUGCGAUCCUCUCUCGCAGCUUCGACCGAACCGGCCAGACCGUUCCGGAUGUCUGCAAAGAAUGCUUUGACCGUUAUUGCUGGAAUGGGACCAUCGCUUCCAAUGAGCCACCUCCGUACUGGCCUCAGAUGAAAUUGAAGGCUACGAAGGUCACUGGCAGCGGCGCUAAACAAUUUCUUCCGAAUGUGUUCGCUCUCAUGCUUGCUUCGAUGGCGUCUUCAUUCUUUUUGCUCUAACCAUAAUUUGGAUACCCUGUUGUUAUCUUGAGACUAGCUGUUUGUUGGGAAGGUCGAUUUCAGAUACCAUUCGUUGUAUAUUAGGAUCAGAUAAAUUCCAUCACCAUUGUGAUAUUCCAGCUCA